AUGCUCGGUUUGAGCUUUGAUAACGGGACAAUAUCUGGAAAGAAGAAACAGAAACAGAUAACUUUGUAA